GUGGAGGUUUCCAGUCUGGUGGCAACCGGGGUCGUGGUCGGGGAGGAAAAAGAGGAAAUCAGUCAGGGAAGAAUGUGAUGGUGGAGCCUCACCGGCAUGAAGGUGUCUUCAUUUGUCGAGGAAAGGAAGAUGCCCUUGUCACCAAGAAUCUGGUUCCUGGAGAAUCAGUAUAUGGAGAGAAGAGAGUCUCUAUUGCGGAAGGAGAUGACAAAAUCGAGUACCGUGCCUGGAACCCCUUCCGCUCCAAGCUGGCAGCAGCAAUCCUGGGCGGCGUGGACCAGAUCCAUAUCAAGCCAGGGGCCAAGGUGCUCUACCUUGGGGCUGCAUCAGGCACCACUGUCUCCCACGUCUCUGACAUUGUAGGCCCGGACGGUCUAGUCUAUGCAGUUGAGUUCUCACACCGCUCUGGCCGUGACCUCAUUAACUUGGCCAAGAAGAGGACCAACAUUAUUCCUGUUAUCGAGGACGCUCGGCACCCACACAAGUACCGCAUGCUCAUCGCGAUGGUGGAUGUGAUCUUUGCUGACGUGGCCCAGCCAGACCAGACCCGGAUCGUAGCCCUGAAUGCCCACACUUUCCUUCGUAACGGAGGACACUUUGUGAUUUCUAUUAAGGCCAACUGCAUUGACUCCACGGCCUCUGCUGAGGCGGUGUUUGCCUCUGAAGUGAAGAAGAUGCAGCAGGAGAACAUGAAGCCCCAGGAGCAGCUGACCUUAGAGCCCUAUGAAAGAGACCACGCCGUGGUGGUGGGUGUAUACAGGCCACCUCCCAAGGUGAAGAACUGAACCCCUGGCCAUCUGGAUUGCCAAGAGAUUAUGUUGCUACUGUUUCACGUGUGUUUUUCUAUUAAAAGACUCAUCCAGGCGCACCUGGGUGGCUCAGUCGCUUAA